GUACAAGAAUCUUCUGCUUAUGCUGUAAAAUAUGUGGAAACUCAAGAUCGCCGAGGGCGGACCAUGGCUCAAGAGUGGAAACAAUCACAUUGGAAGAGAAACAUGGGAGUUUGACCAAAACAAUGGAUCACGUGAAGAGCGGGAAGCAGUUGAUGCUGCACGAGUCGAAUUCGAGAAGAACAGGUUCAGGACAAGACACAGCUCUGAUAUUUUGGCUCGCAUGCAGUUAGCGAAGGAGAACAACUUCAGUCUUGAUCUACAGAAACCAAAAGAUGAAACUACAGCCGAUAUCAACAGUACUACAGUAUCAGAGAUAUUAAAAAGCGCACUCACCUACUUCUCAGCGAUACAAGCACAUGAUGGGCACUGGCCAGGAGAUUUUCCAGGGCCACUGUUUACCACAGCAACCAUGGUAAGAUACAGUAUGAACUUGACGUUUCUUGUGACUAACAUCCUCAAGUUAUACGCACCACUAAGUUGGUCGUGCAUACUAUAUUCUUGCCAUCCAUUCACUUUUACAGGACACUCUUAUGUUUAUUUCUUCGUACUGCAGAUCAUAGUUUUGUAUGUCACAGAGUCACUAGGUAUUAUGUUAUCAUCAGAACAUCGCAAGGAGAUCCGUCGUUAUUUGUACAACCGUCAGAAUAUAGAUGGAGGAUGGGGACUACAUGCGGAAGGUGAAAGCUCCAUGCUCAGCUCGGCUCUCAACUAUAUAGCUCUAAGACUACUUGGUGAAAGUGUUGACGACGGACCAGAUAUGUCCAUGCCAAAAGCAAGAAAAUGGAUACAUGACCAUGGUGGUGCAACGAUGAUACCAAUCUUGGGAAAAGUGUGGCUCUCGGUGCUUGGAGUUUUUGAAUGGUCAGGUGUAAAUCCUAUCCCCCCAGAAUUUUUCCUUCUUCCAUCCUUGGUUCCUAUUCAACCAGGACGUUUGUGGAGUCACUUCAGAAUGGCUUUCAUUCCCAUGUGCUAUUUAUAUGGCAAGAAGUUUGUCGGACCUAUAACAGAAUUGGUUUUAUCAUUAAGGGAAGAGCUACAUACUCAUCCCUAUGAAAAGAUUAACUGGAAGCAAGCACGCCGAUUAUGUGCAAAGGAAGACGCCUAUCAUCCACAUACCUGGCUGCAGGAAUGCCUAUCCGACUGCCUUUACAGCUUUGGUGAACCUUUUCUGGCACGUUGGCCAGUUUCGUACAUGAGAAGAAAAGCUCUACAACAAAUUGCUGAGUUCUUGAAAUAUGAAGAUGAGAAUUCCCAGUAUAUCUGCAUCGGCGCUGCACAGAAGGCAUUAUCCAUGUUAUGCUGUUGGAUUGAAAAUCCCAAUUCAGAUGCAUUCAAACAUCAUUUGGCUAGAGUUGCGGAUUUCCUAUGGGUUGGUGAAGACGGCAUGAAAGUGCGGGUAAAUGUAACAUGUUUUAUAACUUAUGUCUCUGCAAUAAAUAAUAUAAUAUCUUUGCAGUUAUGCAUCUCAGUCAAAUUGAACUGCACGCUCAAACUGAUAUUAAAUGGCAUUGUUCAUUCAAAGGUAUGUGCAGGUCAAUUAUGGGAUGUUGCUUUUGCCGUCCAGGCAAUAUUAGCAUGUAAUAUUGCAGAGGAAUCUGGAAGUACUCUCAAGAAAGCACAUCAUUUCAUAAAAGCUUCCCAGAUUGUGGACAAUCCUUCUGGUGACUUCAGCAGAAGGUACCGUCACAUAUCUAAAGGAGGAUGGGCCUUCCAGGUUGCAGAUCAGGGUUGGCAGGUUUCAGAUUGCACAGCAGAAGCUCUUAAGGCUUUGUUACUGCUGUCAAAGUUUCCAUCAGAUAUUGUAGGUGAUCAGAUGGAAACCUGCCGCUUCCACGAUGCAGUGAACAUAUUAUUAUCUUUACAGAAUCCUAAUGGUGGCUAUGGAACUUGGGAGCUAGCCCGUACGUAUCCAUGGAUGGAGAUUUUCAACAUGACAGAGAUAUAUGCAGACAUCAUGGUGGAACAUCAGUACGUUGAGUGUACUUCGUCAGUCAUUCAAGCAUUGGUACUGUUUCGGGAAAAAUACCCUGGGCAUCGGAGAGAUGAAGUAGAACAAUGCAUCACGAGAGCGACAGAAUUCAUUGAGAAGUUACAGAAUGAUGAUGGCUCAUGGUUUGGAUCAUGGGGUAUUUGCUUCACAUAUGGCACAUGGUUUGCUAUAGAGGGCCUAUCAGCAGUUGGACAGUGUUACAAUAAUAGCACCUGCAUGCGGAAGGCUUGUAAGUUUCUAUUAUCAAAGCAGCUGAGAAAUGGUGGAUGGGGCGAGAGUCAUCUCUCAUCCAGAACCAAGGCAUACACAAACCUAGAUGGGGAGAAAUCACAUAUAGUCAACACUGCAUGGGCAAUGUUGGCUCUUAUGAAAGCUGGACAGGUGGAAAGAGAUCCAUCUCCUUUGCACAAAGCAGCAAGACUUAUAAUUAACAUGCAACUAGGCAACGGCGACUUUCCACAGGAGGAAAUGAUUGGCAGUUUCUUGAAAAAUGGCCCCUUGUGUUAUAUGGCUUAUCGCAAUAUAUUUCCUAUAUGGGCUCUUGGAGAGUAUCAUAAAUUAGCACUUAAAUCUGACUAAAUUCGUACCAUCUGGUAUGAAGCAACUAAAAAUUGCUCCCUCUGUUGGCAAUGCUACUCUCGGAAAUCCAGCAGGCGGAAAGAGUGACAGCUUGAUUUCUUGAAAGAAUUAGUAGGUUUUAUAUGUCUUCAAGGCACAAACAAGAAGAUAGUCCAGUGUAAUUAUAGGUGGUGUGCAUAUGUAAAGUUAGAACAAAAAUUCUACCUUGUAAUCGGUCCAUUAGUUUGUUGUAUGGUUUUUGGCAAUUUUAUGAGAUACCUCGAAGGCUUUUGUACAUUCCUUAUUCUUUGGAUGCUAUUUGCAAGAUAUAUACUGAUAUACAUCAAUUUUA